AUGACUGCGCUGGAGGAAUCCCUUGCCGGCCCUAAACGGCACAGAAACUCCUGUUUCCAGUGCAAGCGGAGGAAACAAAAGUGUGACCGGAUAUGGCCCUGCACGCCGUGCGCCACACGUACCGAGUCGAUGAGCUGCUCGUUCUCUGGGACUGGUGCCGCAUCACGUCGAUCCAUUGCGAAGAAUUCAAAGGCAGCACGUAAAAUUCGCCGGCGGAAACUUGUGGCUGCGGCCGAGAGAGCUUCUCUUCAGACAGAAGAAACCAGCACCACAGCCGUAGUACAGGCAGCUGAUGAAGAAGGCCGUCUUGAUGGAGGCCAUGGCCCAAACGAGAAACUGCCGCCCUUUGAAAAGCGACAUGACGACCAAUACUCCAGAUUAGCUUCGGAUUGUGAGAAGCUCCGGGAAGCCUUGGAAGCUCUCCCUCAAAAACGGGAUCGUAUGGACGCGCUUGUUAUGAGUUUUUUCCAAAACGUGAACCCCCACUACAGUCUGAUUCACCAGGCCGAGUUCGCCGCCGAGUAUGCAGCAUGGUGGGAAAAGCGAGCAAAGAACGAACCGUUACCAGUACCAUGGACCUGCCUCUUACUGACUCUAUGUGCGUGCGCGUGCCAGCAUCUGCCUGUCGACAUACAAGAGAAGCUUGAAGAAAUGUUCCACGCCAAGUGCCAAGACCUCACAGAAAAGUACCAUUACCAUGCACGAAUGCUCUACGCUGUGAUUCCCGAGGGUCAGUAUUACCGGCAUAAUGUCAUGUGGAUGUUGCAUUCAACGUACUGGUACAAAGCCGAGGCUAUGUUUACUGAAUGUUGCCACGUCUUCAUCACGGCCGUUAGAGAGGCUCAAGAGCUCGGAUUCAAUAGAGAGGAGCGUGGAGAGCACCUGUCGAGCUUUGAGCGCGAGAUGCGGCGGAGAGCUUGGUGUAUUAUCGAUUCGUGGGAUUGGCAAAUAGCUUCCGGACUCGGCCGAGAUACUCUCAUCGAUCAUAGCAUGUGCAAUGUACAGCGCCCAUCAUUAACAUUGGAACUGGACGGACAAUUCUCUCCCUUGAUGCAUAUGAAUAUGCAGUCAGACUUGGUGCAUAAAUUGGCCGAACGGUUUCAUUCUCCUGCCAAAAUUACUACGCCUAGUGAGGUAAUGGAAUACAAGGAAAUGAUUGACGAAUGGAUGCGGAAUUUUCCUGCCAUCUUUGCGCUGGAAAGUCCCGACACAUCACACGACAAAGAGCAGACCUGGAUCGAAUAUCACCGCUACUAUAAUUAUACCAUGGGCUUUAUGAUGCUGCUCAAUCCGUUUCGAGCGCAUAUGAAGCAACGUUUCGAACAGGAUACUCCAGAGGAGCAACUGAAGCUGCGUACCAUCGCCGUAAACCUGUCUAUACGAUUAGUCAAGGUGUUGGACGACUGGGUAAACUAUCUUACAUUUCGCGACGGACGAUUCCAUUUCAUCAUAUUCUCACUUGUUGAUGCGGCAACAAUGCUAGCCGAUGUCAUCCGCAAUGACAAAGCCGGGACUGCGACUCGCCGAUACGAAAUGUACCAGACGCUCGAAAAGGCUCGCUUGCUGCAGGGCAAACUCCAAUGCCUCUCGCAAUCUGCAGACAAGGGAUUCAGAAUCGUUUCCAAGAUCUUCAAGAAAUUGAUGAAG